AUGUAUAGCUCGCGUGCGAUAGCCCUUGUGGCAUUCUUCGGGUCUGUCAACGCCCAGGUAGCAGGUUAUGGACAAUGUGGUGGCACUGGGUACUCGGGAAGCACAGUCUGCACAUCGGGCUAUUACUGUACCUCUCAGAAUGCUUAUUACUAUCAGUGUGUUCCUGGAACGGCCACGACCAGCGCAACAUCCACGUCAAAAACGUCCUUCUCUACUACAACUUCUACCACUUCUACCUCUACUAGUACAUCUACAACCCUUAAGACUACUACUUCUCAGACUGCCACACAGACGUCCACUUCUUCUGCAGCCGCCACUUGCACUGGGACGUUCAAUGCAAUCUCGGCAUCCGAUUUCGUUGCUAAACUUCAUCCUGGUUGGAACCUAGGAAACACUCUCGACGCAACGCCGGAUGAAGGCUCCUGGAACAACGCACCCGUAGUAGCCUCGACAUUCAGUGAUGUCCAAAAAGCCGGGUUCAAGAGUGUUCGCAUCCCAGUCACCUACGCAUACCACUUCACUGGAAGCUCUCCAGACUGGACUAUUGACCCAACUUGGCUGGCCCGAGUCUCUGAAGUUGUUGACAUGGUCACUUCUUUGGGUCUGUACGCCAUUGUGGAUGCUCAUCACGAUUCCUGGAUCUGGGCCGAUGUCACUGCAUCUGGCGCCAACCUGACUAUGAUUGAAGAAAAGUUCUACAGAUUAUGGUAUCAAGUUGGAACUACGCUGGCUUGCAAGUCGAGUCUUGUUGCCUUUGAACCAAUUAACGAGCCGCCAUGCAACACUGCCACCGAUGCAGCUGAAAUCAACAAACUGAACAAGAUCUUCCUUCAAGCCAUUAACGACGCAGGUGGUUUCAACCCUCAAAGAGUCGUUACUCUUGUGGGAGGUGGUGAGGACAGUGUCAAGACUUCGGAAUGGUUUGUUGCGCCCACGGGGUUCUCCAACCCUUACGCCAUUCAGUUCCACUACUAUAGUCCUUAUGAUUUCAUCUUCAGCGCAUGGGGCAAGACUAUCUGGGGAUCAGACUCUGACAAGGCGACCGUACUGUCAGACUUCACAUUGCUCCGCAAUAACUUUACAGGUGUUCCUAUCCUGAUCGGAGAAUACGAUGCUUCGCCAACCAAUACUGAACCAGCUGCCCGCUGGAAAUACGUGGACUAUCUCAUCCGUUCAGCGCUUAGCCUCGACUUUGCCUGCGUCCUUUGGGACAAUGGUCUGGACCAUCUUGAUCGAAACUCGGGCACCUGGCGAGAUCCCAAUUCCAUCUCAAUGAUCGCCAAAUCUACGGCUUCCACAGCAAACAGCUUGCCAGACAGCACUGAGGAUGCAUCUGCGACAUCUCAGUGGUCCUCAGCCUACAUUUUCCACGAAUACGGAACUAGCGUGGUAGCACAGAGUCUUCCAUUCAUCUUGAAUGGAAAUACUCUAACUUCAAUCAGCGACUCGACGGGCUCGACUUUGACGUCAGGAACGGACUACUCUGUCUCGGGCUCUAACAUUACUUUCUCAGCUUCUUACCUUUCUAAACACAUCACUUCCACGACUUCGCCAGGCGUCAUUGCCAACCUCACACUGACCUUCUCAGGAGGUCAAUCAUCGCCUGUCGUCCAAGUUGUCCAGUGGAAGACGCCCACUCUUUCGUCUACCUCUGCAGUGGCUUCUUCAGUCUCCGGUUCUGAUCUGAGUAUUCCUAUUACCUGGGGUGGUCUUCCUGAAGUUGCAGCUGUCAAGGCAUUGACUACCACUGGAACAUACCUGGUGGAUACCUGGACAGUCUACCUGGGCCCAUUACAGCAGGCCAGAACAACCUACAGCAGCCAAUAUAACUGGGAUUCAUCCCAUGUGAUUAUCACUUCUUCUGCAAUUAGCUCGGUGAUUUCAGCUGGGGUAUCCACUGUAUUCACGUUCGAGUUCUAUCCCCGAGUUGAAGGUGGUGUCAACGCUGUUAACUUUACCUUGACCGUCUAG